AUGGACGACAACACCGACCCUUUUCAUGCUCGAUUUUGGGUCCUGAAGCGGUUGCGGCACUGCUGGAGUCAUCCUUCCGUGGCUCAUAGUGGCUCGAGCAUCGGGCUGCUGCCGGAGGCGGGGCCUCCCGUUGGAUGGUGCAUGGCAGUGCCACCGCCGCCAAAGUCGGACUUCGGCACAGGAAGGCCACCAGCUGCGCGAAAGGGGAAGGCCAGACCAAGGGAGACCGCAGGAAAAGUCGUCGAGAAGGUUUCACCUCUCUGGAAGACCCGGCUCUGUGAGUUUUGGCAGGUUGGAAAAUGCCGGAAGGGCUCACUUUGUUCCUUCGCACACGGCCAGGACGACCUGCGACCCUCCCCGGACUUCGAGUGCACCUCGGUGUGUCCAGUUUUCCUGCACACCGGGAAAUGUGAUGCGAAGGGCUGCCGCUAUGCGCACUCAGUUCAGCAGCUCCGGGUACAGCCCCAUCUGCUGAAGAGCAAGAUGUGCAGCUUCCACAUGCUGGGUCGCUGUGUUGUGGGUCCAGCUUGCCGCUUCGCCCACAGUGAAGAGGAACUGCAGGAGGCUCAGGCAGUAGCUGCAGCAGUGAUGAAGCGGGUGCAAGGCAUGGCCUCCGAGAAUGCGCAGGAGCUGCUCAAAACCUCGCAACCUGCACCGCGACCUCGUCCACCCGGAGCCCUCGAGAAAUUUAUGAAUCCCACGGCUCCUGACGAGCCCAAGUUCGUGAAGCUUGAGAUGGAGGUUGUAGAGAUGGAGGCGCAGCCUCACGAGGCGCAGCAGGCCGAUCGAGACUCUCCAAGGUCCAGGUCUGAGGGCCUAAAUCUCGCUGAUAUCCCCGACACGCCCAAAGCGGAAGAACCGCUCAAGGUUGUGAUUGCAGCUUCCUGGGAGCAUGACCUGCUGGAGGAGCUCUGGCCUCUCACAAAGCACGUUCUACAGUACCAAGAACCACGUGAAUGCGGAUUAUUGGUUGUUGCUUAUUUAUAUAUGCUUGCGAGAACGGCAGAGCCCUACAUAAGGCCCAGAACUUGA